AUGUCCCACGUCCCACCAACUGAGUCCAUUCCCAAACCAGAGGAACCUAAAGCACCACAACAGUCUCCUCAGCAACCUCAGUUCCAGCAAGUCCAAUCUCAAUCCAAAUUACUACCAAUUUCCACCUCAAGGUUACUACCAAUUUCCACUACAAGGCUUCCCGAACUACCCUCCUCCUCAGCCUAUGCCUUACUUCCCCAACCCUUGGAUGUUCCAGCAAUUCCAAUCUCAAUACAAAUCGAAGAGAGACCAAGAGUUCGAAGAAGGUCUGAACCGUUUACGCAAAGAUUAUGCUACAGCUCCAAUUGA